AUGAAGGACCUGAGAACAUACCUAGCAGAGAGCAAAGUGGAGCAUUUGUAUCAACUGUUUGAAAGGCUGGGGAUAGAUGAAUCCCAGCUGUUAGCAAAGCUUAAGUACUCAGAUUUGGAAAAAAUUGGGAUUGAAAAUCUUAUAGAGAGGAGAAAGGUUUUUGAUAUAAUCAAUGAGAUAAACCAAGACAUAUAUAGUGAGGACAUAGAGAUGAAUGAAAACGAGUCCUUCAAGGACAGUCUUGUUUCCUCACCUUUUGGUUUCAAGGACAAUUUAAAAUCUGAAUCGCAAUCUUUCCUUGGGAGCCUUGCAGAAAAAAAUGGGCUUUUGUUUGGGAGUGGAGAAACCAUAAGCCAAAGACUGUCUUCAUGCUCUAUGCCAAGAAGAAAUAGUUUUGAAAAGUCUUUGAUUGGACUGGAUGAUCUUGAUGCAGGGUAUGGGAAGGCAACAUUAGAAUCAUGUGAUACAAGUCUGUCGAUCUCUUUUGAUGCUAGAGAGACUGGGAUAAGAGAGGAAAAGAUAAUUGUAUGUGUUAGAAAAAGGCCUUGUGGAGAUCCAAAUCUCGAUAUAGUUGGCAUAGAAGGAAAGGAUGUUAUUGUUCACGAAGAGAGGCUCAGGGUGGAUCUAAGGCCAUAUGUAGAGCACCACAAGUUUAGAUUUGACUAUUCGUUUGAUUGGGACAAGAAGAAUAUUGACGUGUAUAGGGAGUGUGUGAAAGAUAUUGUGAACCACGUUGCUGCUGGAGGGCUUGGAACCGUUCUAGCAUAUGGGCAAACGGGAACUGGAAAGACGUACACCAUGCUUGAAAAGGACAUUGGAAUGAUGUACCUGGCAAUUAAGGACCUUAUGGCCUUCAAGAGUUAUGGAACAGUAAUGUUUUGUGAAAUAUACAUGGGACAAGUUUACGAUUUAUUGGACAAUGGAAAAAGAAUACAUCUGCGGGAAGUCAACGGGGUUGUGCAUCUCUCCAACUCAAAGGAAGAAAGCUUUGAGGGAUAUUCAGAGGUGGUUAGUAUUAUCGACAGGGGGAUGUCUCUGAGAAAGACCGGAGUGACCGGGGCUAAUUCCAAAUCAUCUAGAUCCCAUGCAGUGAUCUUAGUCAACUUUUCUGGUAAGAAAGUGGAGAAGGAUGGCCAGAAAGUUCAUUGUGGAUCUAUAGUAUUUGUUGACCUUGCUGGAAGUGAACGGGGAUCUGAUAGAAGAGAGACAGGGUCUGAUGUCAAGAACGAGGGUGCAGAGAUCAACAAAAGCCUUUUAGCUUUGAAAGAGUGUAUCCGAGGAAUGGAAAAGGAUAAAAAGCACCUUCCGUUCAGGCAAAGUAAACUGACGCAAAUACUCAAAAAUUCUUUUGUUGGGGCAUCCAGAACAUGCCUUAUAGCCACUAUAUCCUCCACGUCUGAGAAUGUUGAGCAUACCUUGAAUACAUUGAGAUAUGCUUCGAGGAUAAAGGAAAGCGUUGUACCCAAGGAAAAGAGAAGUAGAGAGUCUCCAAAUUCCAACAGGUUUACAACCAGAGGAAGGUUUUCUGAUGUUAUAUCUAAGCAGGAACUUGAGAGAAGGCAUGUUGAAUCAUCUGCUUUAGGUACAUCUAAAGCCAAAGAUUCUCUUGUGAAUGAAAUCAGAAGAGCAUUAGUGAGAAUUGAAUCUAAAAUUCCAUCAUUGAAGACACCUGAAGAGUUAGAAAAUGCACUAAAUCUCUGUAAAGAAAUAGAGGAAAGCCUGGGAUGCAAGGAAACUAAAUAUUAA